UGGAGUUGAAGAAAGGGCAAGAAAACGUCUAAAGAGAAGAAAUUAUAUAUCAAGAGGACCUAAUUAUUGCUGGCAUAUCGAUGGUUAUGAUAAGCUUAAAACCUAUGGCUUCCCUAUACAUGGUGCUAUUUGUGGCUACAGCAGGAGAAUAAUAUGGCUUGAACUGGUUCGAUCUAACAAUAAUCCAAAGGUUACUGCCAUGCUAUAUCUUGAUGCUGUUGAAACUUUGCAAAGUUGCCCUAGAGUUGUGAGGUCAGAUUGUGGAACAGAAAAUGGUGUUAUUGCUGGAAUGCAAUGCUAUUUCAGAGCAGAUGGUAUUGAUGAAUUUGCUGGAGAGAAAUCUCAUCAAUAUGGUUCUUCACCAUCAAAUCAGAGAAUAGAGGGAUGGUGGUCCUUUUUCCGAAGGAAUCGAUCAAGUUGGUGGAUAGACUUUUUCAAAGAUAUGGUCCAGUCAGGAAUACUUGAACUUGGAAACACAUUUGACAUGGAAUGCCUAUGGUUUUGUUUCUCAAAGGUUCUAGAAAAGGAACUUGAAAACGUAAAAGACCACUGGAACACACAUUACAUCAGAAAAUCAAGACAUGACACAGUUGCAGGUGUACCUGAUAUUUUGUACUUUUUACCUGAAAACUCAGGGUUAAUGGACUGCAUGGUUCCAGUACCCACAGAAAAACUAUAGGAAAUGGAGAAUGAGUGUGGGAUUGACUGCUAUGAAGGCAAUAGUGAAGUGGAGGAAUAUCUCAACUACUUUGAACAUAUCAUUGAAACAAAUAAUUGGAAGAUGCCUUCAAAUGAGGAAGAUGCAUUUGAUUUAUUUCAGAAUUUUAAGAAUUUGCAGAUUUGAUUCGUAAGUACUUCAGUGGUAAACAUAAAAUUCCAGUACAACAUCCAUGAUGUAUCUUUUUUUAUUAUACAACUUGUAAAAUAAGUAAAACUGUAACAAAUAGACAAAUGAUAUGCAUUGAAGUUGUAAAGCUAACUGACUUUUACGACAAGGAUAUUGUUCAAGUACUUAACAAUAGACAGUGAGUUAAA